AUAUACAUAAAAAAAAUGAAAAAAAAAAAAAAUAUAUAUAUAUACGCCAGUAAAAACUACAAGCAUUACACAGUUUCACAUUGGAGCCACUCAGUUGAAGCAACAAGUGUUAUUCUUUAACUAAUAACAAUAAUAAUAUAAAAUGGAAUUGAUGAGAAUUACUCCAAGACAAUUGUUUAUUAAAUCAUCAUCAUUAAUUAAUACAAGAAUAAUAUUUAAUAGAUGUAUAACAUCUCAACAAGUAUUUACAAGAGAAAAUAAAUAUGGAGCUCAUAAUUAUCAUCCUUUGAAAGUUGCAAUAAAUCGUGCUGAGGGUGUAUAUAUGUGGGAUGUUGAGGGUAAACGUUAUUAUGAUUUUUUAAGUGCAUAUUCAGCAGUUAAUCAAGGACAUUGUCAUCCUCGUAUUUAUAAGGCAUUAAUUGAACAAGCUAAAAAUUUAACAUUAACAUCACGAGCAUUUUAUUCUGAUGUACUUGGAGAAUUUGAAGAAUAUAUUACAAAUCUAUUUGGUUAUGAUAAAUGGCUUCCAAUGAAUACUGGUGUUGAGGGUGGUGAGACUGCUUGUAAAUUAGCACGUAGAUGGGGCUAUGAUGUUAAAAAAAUACCAAAUAAUCAAGCUAAAAUUAUAUUUGCUGAGGGUAAUUUUUGGGGACGUACAAUGAGUGCAAUAUCAUCAAGUACUGAUCCAACAAGUUAUGCUGGUUUUGGUCCAUUUAUGCCUGGUUUUGAAAUUGUACCAUAUGAUGAUUUAUUAGCACUUGAAAAUGCAUUAAAAGAUUCAAAUGUUGCUGCAUUUAUGGUUGAACCAAUACAAGGAGAAGCUGGUGUUGUCGUACCCAAGGAUGGAUAUUUAAAAAAAACAAGAGAAUUAUGUACAAAAUAUAAUGUACUUUGGAUUGCUGAUGAAGUUCAAACUGGUUUAGCAAGAACAGGAAAACGUUUGGCUGUUGAUCAUGAACAUGUUAAACCAGAUAUAUUAAUAUUAGGUAAAGCAUUAUCUGGUGGUUAUUAUCCAGUAUCAGGUGUACUUGCCAAUGAUAAUAUUAUGCUUUGUAUAAAACCUGGUGAGCAUGGUUCAACUUAUGGUGGUAAUCCACUUGGUUGUAAAAUUGCACUUGAAGCACUUAAAGUACUUGAGGAAGAAAAUAUGGCUGAUAAUGCUGAUAAAAUGGGUAAAAUAUUACGUGAUGAAUUAAAUAAACUUCCAAAAAAUAUUGUUACACUUGUACGUGGUAAAGGUUUAUUAAAUGCAAUUGUUAUUAAUGAAAAUAUUGAUGCAAUGAAAAUAUGUAUUGAAAUGAAAAAUAAUGGUCUUUUGGCAAAACCAACACAUGGCCAUAUAAUACGUCUUGCACCACCACUAGUCAUUAAUGAAAUACAAAUAAAACAAGCAGCAUCAAUUAUUACAAAUACAAUAUUAAAUCAUUCCAAUAUAUUAUAAUAAUAAACGAAAUGAAAUGAAAUGAAAUAAAAUGUUGAAAAUAUUAA